UUUCAAUUAAGGUUUUAAUUUCGUUUUAAUUAAUUAAUAAAAUUUUAAUACGGUUAUGACAGUUCAAAGUCAUUGCAUAUUUUUACAAAGUGGGGGGCACUGUCUGAGAAUGCCCUUAAAGUAAUAGAUUAAAAAAUUAUUAAAAGUUAACUAAACUUCAAAAUUAUAAAAAUUAUAACUAUUUUCAAGUUGAUUAUUGAAACACAUCUUAGGUAAUUUGACUGGUAGUUCUUUUCUUGUAAAUUGGAUGAAGAAAUAUAAGUAUAUUCAGGAUAAAAAUGCAUAACAGAAUGAAAGAAAAAAAAAAUAAAAUUUACAGGCGUCAAAGGGAUUGAAUUAAAGUGUAGGAUUUGUUGGAAUGUUCAAUACAAGCAGUUGCUACAUCGUAUCACUACUAGCACACUUUACUUCAAAAGUAAAAAAAAAAAAUUAUAUAAUACAGGUAGCUGAUAUGUGAGUGCAUUAAAAAGAUAUAAAAAAUAUUUUCUUCUCACACACCGCUCAAAUUGCGCGCGACGCUUCAACAUCGUUCCGACGCGUCGGCGUCGUUUCCGAUUUGACAUCAGCACGUGGUAUCAAAGGGGCUAUUCAACGUUCACCGGUGGUCUUCUUCGUCAAACCUCGACAAACCACACUCGUCGCUUGGUGUUUAUCUAUCAUUAAAAUUUUUUAACUUACACUUUCAACCCUCUUUUAACAUUUUUUUUUUUAACGGAUAAAACUAAUAUACUUUUAUAAAAAAUAUUUUUUACUGUGAUUUUUUUCUAGUGUUUUUAAAAAUAAAAAAAAUUUUACAAACAACAACAAAAAAAUUUUGAUAAAAUUGAUAAAUAACUAAUGAUGAUUAUGCUAAAAAGUUCAAGAAAAAAAUUAAAAUGUUUGAAACAAAUCAAUGGAAUCACUACAAAGAUAAUAUUAAUGAAUAAAAUGGAUGAAAGAUUGCGUUGAGUCGCAUCAUCGUGCUGGAGGAAGUAGAGGAAUGGGCCCUUGGGCCUUUGGAAUUCCUAUUGUCCUUGUUUCCGCUCUUGGUCUCCUUCUUAAUGCUUAUGUCCUGUUAGUUGUCCUUGGCCUCGGCAAGCAGAUCCAACAACAAACUUCUAAUACUCUUCUAUUAAUUCAUCUCGGAGCUGUUGAAUUUGCACUCUGUUUUGUAUUACUAGUAUUUACAACCGGUCCUUGGACAAUUCCCGGUUCUUGGUGUGCAGUACAUGGUUUUCUGCUUACUUUACUUCAUCCAGUUGCUUUGUGGACCGUUACUGGACUAAAUUGUGAUAGAUAUUACGCAAUAGCAGCUCCUCUUCAUUACACAGCAGUGGUAUCACCGCGGAGAGUAAUCCUGGGAUUAGUUGGAGCGUGGAUUGGUGCAUUUAUUUUAUGUCUACCACCAUUUUCGGGUUUAAUUGCGCCAUACAAAUACAGCCAAGAUUUUGGAUGCUGUAUUCCAGCUUUUACUAAUGAAACAUGGACUAUUGCUGGUGUUAUUUAUACAAGUGUUUAUUUAUUUGUUGGUUUAGUAUUACCGGCAAUACUUAUAACAGCUUGUAAUAUUCGGGUACUCGGAAUUGCAAGAUAUCACCGACACCGAAUAGCAAGUGCUAUUUAUGAAGUGACAUUGAGUGCACAAGUUACAAUAACACAUCAAAGAAAUCCAUUUUUUAUACCAACUGUUACUUCACCUUCUGCUGGUGGGCCACCUAAAUUUCAUAGUGCGGCUAGUACUGUGAUGCAAUUAGUUGGAUCAGUCUAUCUACUUUAUUUCCCCUACUGCGGUAUCAUCCUAUGGGAAGCUUGCACUGCAGCAAGUCAUAGCCGUCUUCACUUACAUCCAAGAUUCGCGUCCUUGGCCUCACUUUUACUUGCUAGUUCACCGCCGAUUAACGGUUUAUUAUACGGCCUCAAGUCACGAACAAUACGACGUUCUGUCCAGAAUUAUUGGCGAAAAAAAGUGACCAAAUCGGAAUUGCAGCAGGAAAUUCAAGCAAGGACCCCAAGUGUUGCAGGUUCACGUCGGCCAUCAGGAAGUGGACCAGUCUCUCUGUUUCCGUUUCCGCCACUUCAACGUCGUCUAAGCGAAGCUUUACUUAAUUUAGGAACAAAUUCAAGAGCUGGUGGUGGUUUCGAAAGUGGUAAUAUUGGGGCAUUUAAUUGCAAUCGUUUACAACCCGCUGCAUCUUGUAAUACACUACGGGUACCUACAAGUGAAUCAAGCGAGAGCAAUAGACUAGUAAGAACAAGUGCAAGUACAGCAAGUCUAAUGGGUUAUCGUGAUUCCACAAGUACAAUAAGAGAAUCAUCAUUAUUUCGUGAUUCUAUAGAUACAUCAAAGAGAAGUCCAAUAAUACUUAUAACACGCACACAUAGUGUAGAAAUACCAGAUGGUGGUGGUAGUCCAGUUCUCAAACGAUCUUGCAUCGCCUCAGGAAAUUUCGGUACUAUUGUAACUGACAAGAGACGCUGGCGUCAUAUUAGUACUGGAAGUGAUAGUAGUACAGGAAGCAGUGAUGCUAGUAGUAUUUGGACAACGGGAAUAGCUCAUAGAGCUGCUAAAGGAAACCUCAAAAACUCUAUUGACAAUUGGCCAAUAGCUAUUCGUCAUGUGCCAUUAGGAAUAUUAUUUAACGGAUUACGCGCUAGUAAUAAUAGUGAAAGUAGUGAUACGACAGAUACAACUGCAACAACAACAACAUCAACAUUACCGUCCAAAAUAAUUUCACUCGCACAAGAAACUCAAAGCAUAAAUAAUAAAAAUGAUGAAAAGCCAAAAGUUGAGCGAAAAAAUAGUGAAGAAAAAAGUGAAAGUGAGUCAAGUUGGGGUAGUAUUGAAGAAAAAGGAUCGAAUGAUAUAAACGAAGAUGAUAAUAGUGAAAAAGAAUUUGUAGAAAAAAAUGAAGAAAAUUUUGUUGAAGAAAGAGGUGAAGGAGAAAAAGUUGACGAAAAAAAAGAAACAGAAGAAUGUGACGAAAAUGAAGAAAAUGAAGAAGAAGAAGAAGAAGAAGAAGAUGAAGAUGAAAAUAGUGAUAGUGGUAAUGAUAAUAGUAAACAAGAAAUAGAUAAUGAAGUUGUAAAAAAAUGUAGGAAAAGACGGAAAGAAAAAAUGCGAACGCAAAUUAUUAAUGAUGAAAAAAAAAUAAAUGAAAAUAAUGAUAAUAUUAAAUUAAGACCACUUCUUACAACUUUGUCAUCUUAAUUAUUUACUUUCAAUUAUCUUUUGGUCUACUACUUCUAUUAUUAUUAUUAUAAUUAAUACAUAUUAUUAUUUAUACUUAAAUAAAAGAUUAUUAAAAGCAAAUAAUAAUUAAAAUAAACCGAAGAGUAAUUAAUCAUUGACUUUGUGAAUUAAAGAAUAACAUAUCCCGAAUAUACACAAUUAUAUUUUUGUACUUUUAAUCCAUGACAUUUAUAAAUAAAUUAAAAAAUAUAUACUAUAUACGUAUUGAUAACACACAAUCAGAAAAUUGUAAAACAAAUCAAUCGAUAAUAAAAAUAUAAAAAUACGUAUAAAAAAAUUAAUUUGAUUAUUUUAAAAAGAGACCUUGAAUAAAAAAGUUUUCGUCCUCAAUGUUUGUUGGAUCGAAAAAAAUUAAAUUUAAAAUAAUAUAAUAUACAAUAUAAAUGUAUGUGAUUUGUUAUAGCGUUUAUGUAUAUAUGUUUUUAUUUAAUGUAUAUAUGUAUUUUACGUGUGGUAGUAUGAGCAAAAUGUGUGAAUUGACAGUAAAAGUUCAUUAGUAUUCAAAAAAAAAUAAUAUGUAAUGAUAAUUAUUAUUAUAAAAUUAAAUAAUUAACAUGGUGAUCAAAUGUCUCGAUUAAAUUAUAUAUUUUAUGUGAGACAAUAAAAAUAUAUGAUAUGUUAACAACUUAAUUGAUCAAUUAAUUAAUUAUAAACGUUGACUAUUAAUUAUCUCGUAUGACAAUCGUUCAACUGAUGUAUGCUAUACAAAUAUAUAUGAAAUUAAAUAAACAAAAAUAUAGUAGCCGUUGGAAUUGACGAAAACGUUUUUUUGUUAAUUAUAAAUUUCAAAAUAUAUGAAUAAUAUAAAUACUGUCAAGUAAAUAAAUUAUAACGGCUUAAAUUUUUUUGUUGUAAAUUAAAAUUUUAAAAAUUGUUGAGCCUAAAAUUAAUUAAUUUAUUUAAAAAUCUGAUUUAUAGAUGUUUAAAUAUGAAUUUUUUAUAAUAAAUUAUUACAUUUAAUUACAUUAUAAAUAAUCAUAUAAUUGUAAUCGAUACUGUAUUUUCUCACUGGCUGAGAAUUUUUAUGCCAAUCUGUACAUUUUUUCUUUUUUUUUUUUUUUUAUAAAGUUAUAUGGGGAAGUGUACGUUGAUGUAAUGAAGAAUAAACGGAACUAGAGACCUAGUAGCGUCAUUAAACCACUUCCCAUUAUCAUCUUUUUUUUCUCUAUUACUUUGUCUCUUCCUUUAUCCGACAUAACACAAAAUCCAAUUUUAUUUUUAAAAUUGUGUCCUACUUUAUUUAAAUUCAAUGAAUAAUUAUUAUAAUUCAAGGCUUACAUUACAUUGUUUUUUAUGUGAUAAUAAAUAAUUAUCACCAAGUUACGUCUACGAUAACAUUAAUAGU